AUGGCAACUGAUUGAGGUUUAGUGGUCAGGUUAUUGCUCGUCUGAAAUAAAGAGGUGGAGAUUUAGUAAAAAUGUUGGAACCACCACCUGAAGAUGAUUCUAGGGUAGUUGAAGAUGAUGUAAGAAGGCCAAAAUGGGAUAAUAAAUUCCAGUAUCUUUUAAGCUGUAUUGGAUUUGCUGUUGGUUUUGGGAAUGUCUGGCGUUUUCCAUACCUGUGCCAAACUUAUGGAGGAGGGGCGUUCUUGAUUCCGUACGUCAUCGCACUUGUGUUUGAAGGAAUUCCAAUAUUUCAUCUCGAAUUGGCUAUCGGGCAGCGCUUAAGAAAAGGCAGUAUUGGUGUCUGGAGUCAGAUCUCACCUUACCUGGGAGGUGUUGGUUACUCUUGCAUGAUGGUGUCAUUCUUAGUAAGCGUCUACUAUAAUAUGAUUUUGUCCUGGGUGCUGUGGUAUUUCGCAAAUUCUUUCAAAGCGCCUUUACCUUGGAGUUCCUGCCCACAAGAUGCCAGCAAGCCAGAACUCAUUGAAGAGUGCCACAAAAGCACUGCCACCAAUUUUUUUUGGUACAGACGCACUUUAAACAUAAGCUCAGAUAUUACGCAAGGUGGACCAUUGCUGUGGUGGUUGGUUUUAUGCUUGAUUGCUUCCUGGCUGAUUGUGUACCUCUGUACAAUCAGAGGAAUUGAAUCCACAGGAAAGGCCAUCUAUGUUACCACCCUGUGUCCAUAUGUAAUUCUUACUGUGUUCCUUAUUUAUGGAUUGACUCUUCCAGGAGCUCGUCAAGGACUGAUCUAUCUAUUUACUCCUGAUGUAAAAAUCUUGAAGAAUCCACGUGCAUGGCUUGAUGCAGCCACCCAGAUUUUCUUCUCUCUUUCUUUAGCACUUGGGGGACAUGUAGCCUAUGCAAGCUACAACCCACAAAAAAAUGACUGUGAAAAAGAUGCUAUUGUAAUCGCACUUGUGAACAGUUUGACGUCUAUGUAUGCCUCCAUCCCAAUUUUUUCCAUUCUGGGAUUCAAAGCAACAACGAACUAUUGGGACUGCUUGGAUAGAAAUAUUCAAGACCUCACCAAUGCAUUUAAUGUGCAGAGUCCUAUCACAAGAGAUAAUUAUACUCUUUGGUAUGAGGCAUUGAAAGUAUCCUCCCCAGCAAAAGUUGAUCAGCUGAAACUGAAACAAUGUGAUCUUCAAAAUUUCCUUGAUCAGAGCGCUACCGGAACUGGCCUGGCCUUUAUUGUCUUCACAGAAGUGGUGAUCAAGAUGCCCGGAUCCCAAGCUUGGGCAGUUCUGUUUUUUAUCAUGCUGUUCAAUCUGGGCCUGUCUUCUAUGUUUGGACUUAUUCAAAGUAUCUUGACUCCUUGCACUGAGUUUGAAAUUGUGUCUAAAUAUUUACCGAAGGAGGCUACAUGCGGUAUAAUAUGCCUUGUUUCGCUUUUAUUGGGCCUGUGUUUCACCUUGAGAUCAGGGAGCUACUGGCUUGAAGUAUUUGAUGCAUAUGUUGGAUCGGUGCCUUUGCUAUUUAUUGCUUUCUUUGAAGUGAUGGGAGUUAUAUUUGUUUAUGGAAUGAAAAGGUUCUCUGGUGAUAUGGAAUGGAUGACAGGACGGCCAGUCAACAUCUUCUGGAAGGCAUCGUGGCAAAUUAUCAGUCCUGUGUUAAUGGUUUCAAUUUUUUUGGCCUCCCUAGCUGUUCAGAAGCCACCACGCUACAAUGCUUGGAACCCAAACUACGUAGAUUUUCCUUCAAAAGAGCCAAAAAUUUAUCCCACGUGGAUUGUGUUUAUCUGUAUGAUGCUGACAAUUCUGCCAUGUUUAUUCAUUCCUGCUGUAGCCAUUUACCAUGUUGUGAAAGUUAUGCUGAGAAAGAGACAGCAAGCACUCCAUCCUUCAAACAUUUCAGUCACCUGAAACUUGGUUUGCUUUGAGAAUUUGGGUCAUGCCAAUUAUGAUGACCAUGAGCAAAACAAAACAAUAUCUAUUUUAAGGUAUUCUACGAGAGUUAAAAUGUGAGAUUUUCUGUGUUACGUGCUUUCACAACUUAAGAGAAAAUAGUAAAUAUAUUCUAAAUAAA